GGUUCUAGCCUCCUCGCCAGAGGCCACCUAUUAGCUUGCUCGGCCGUUGGUUCCAAGGAAAAACUUAGCUUGCUCGCGCCGGUGGUUUCAAGAAAGAAAGUUGCUCGCGUCCUAUUUUCCGUCAACCUCUUCGCCGCGGCUACCUGUCCCCUCUUUUAGGUUUGCUCGAUUCGUUUACCUGAUUUUUGUUUUAAGAAUUAGGGUUUUAAAAAUCAGAUCCUAAAGUGACGCGCCAAAUUUAGAAGCGAGAGAGAAAGAGAUUUAAUGGAAAAGGGAAUUGGGGAAGAAAAGGGUUUGGGUUGGCGCAGAGAUGCCCAUCGUCUAACUCGAAUAAAUGCACAUGAAUUCGACACCGGGAAGAAAUCCAGGUACAGUUUUUAUCAUCAUUCUGCCUUUUGAUUUCGAUUCCAAUUUCACAACUAGGUUUUGGUAUUGUAGAUGUCGAGUUGCAAUUUCUAAUCAAUUGGAAUUGCGGAACUUGAUUUUGGUGGAUUCAUACAUUUAAUUUUUUUUGUUUGUUUGAGUCCUAUUCUUGAUGUGCGGAAAAGGAAGGCGGUUCGAUUGAGCAAAGAUGUCGACUCCAAACGUCGCCAAAUUAACAAUGGGCUGUCGUUCAUAGAGCUAAGAACUCAAAAUAUUCAGCUGAUGAGGAUAUGGAGGAGACAGAUGUUAAAGAUCCAAAUUUAAAGCAAUCUCUGGAGUCUGCUACUUCUCAGAUUAGCCAGCUAGCUCUUUCUAAUAGUCCUACUGGUGUUGCCAAUCUUGCAGCUGUUUUUCUGUUCCCGCUUUUCAUAAAUUAUUUUCAGAUGGGUGUCACUGGAGCAGCCACUGCCACCGUUGUGUCUCAAUACAUAGGUAGCUUCUUGAUGAUUUGGUUUCUUAGCAAGAGAGUAAUAUUAUUACCUCCAAAAUUUGGAGAUCUGAAGUUUGGGGUCUAUUUAAAAUCUGGUGGAUUUCUGAUUGGAAGAACUGUGGCUGUUUUGAUAACUAUGACGAUUGGGACCUCGAUGGCUGCUCGUCAAGGUCCUCUAGCUAUGGCUGCUCAUCAAAUCUGUAUGCAAGUGUGGUUGGCUGUCUCUCUUUUAACUGAUGGAUUGGCCGCAUCUGGUCAGGUCUACACUCCGAGGAAUGCGCCUAUACUAGUGAGGAAAUUGAUGUGGUUCGUGAGCAACGGGCUAAGUGUUUUACCCGCAAGUAUUUACUAUUGGCUUGAGCGCGCUUGAUCGAGGUGGUUUAGUUGUUAUAGAACAAUCGUUUUCAUUAAAAUGUAUGCGUACAUUGAAAUUGGAACGUAUAUUUGAAUGUAGUACGUGCACUUUGGUUUUGGGAUAUAUAUAUAUGUAUACA